GCGCCCAAGUCCCGCGGCGCGUCGGCGGCAGCGGGCGGAGCGGAGCGCGUCUGGAGCGCGGUGCGGCCGGGCGCGCGGUGGCCGGAGAAGCAUGCCCACCAACUUCACCGUGGUGCCCGUGGAGGCGCGGGCUGACGGCGAGCAGGACGAGGCGGCGGAGAUAACCGAGGCGCCGGGCCCCGCCGAGGGCCGCGAGCCCGACUGCUCCAGCCCGGCAGGAGAUGGGCACUCGAGAGAAAGCAGCCCCAUCAUUGACAAUGGUGAGACGGAGAGAGAGAGUUUCUUUGAAGGGAGGAGCAUGGCGCUCUUUGAGGAGGAGAUGGACAGCAACCCCAUGGUGUCCUCCCUGCUCAACAAGCUGGCCAACUACACCAACCUGAGCCAGGGCGUGGUGGAGCACGAGGAAGCCGAGGAAAGCCGGCGGCGCGAGGUCAAGAGCCCGGGCAUGGGCACCUUCAUCGGCGUCUACCUGCCCUGCCUGCAGAACAUCCUGGGCGUGAUCCUCUUCCUGCGCCUGACGUGGAUCGUGGGUGUGGCCGGCGUGCUGGAGUCCUUCCUCAUCGUGUUCAUGUGCUGCACCUGCACGAUGCUGACCGCCAUCUCGAUGAGCGCGAUUGCCACCAACGGCGUGGUCCCAGCUGGCGGCUCGUACUACAUGAUUUCGCGGUCACUGGGGCCGGAGUUUGGGGGCGCCGUGGGCCUCUGCUUCUAUCUGGGCACAACCUUCGCAGGGGCCAUGUACAUUCUGGGGACCAUUGAGAUUUUUCUGACCUACAUCUCCCCUGGCGCAGCCAUCAUCCACGCGGCCUCGGCAGACGGUGAGGCGGUGGCCAUGCUGCACAACAUGCGCGUGUAUGGGACGUGCACGCUGGCCCUCAUGGCCACGGUGGUCUUUGUGGGCGUCAAGUACGUCAACAAGCUGGCCCUGGUGUUCCUGGCUUGUGUGGUGCUGUCCAUCCUCGCCAUCUACGCCGGCGUCAUCAAGACCGCCUUCGACCCGCCCGAUAUCCCGGUCUGUCUGCUGGGGAACCGCACAUUAUCGAGACGCAGCUUUGAUGUCUGUGCCAAAGUCCACACCACCAGCAACGGCACAAGGACCACCAUGCUCUGGGGCCUCUUCUGCAACGGCUCCGCGGACGCCACCAACUGUGACGACUACUUUGCCCAGAACAACCUCACCGAGAUCCAGGGCAUCCCGGGCGUGGCCAGCGGCGUCCUCCUGGAUAACCUGUGGAGUGCAUACACGGACAAAGGGGUGUUUGUGGAGAAGAAGGGCACGCCCUCGGUGCCCGCGCCGGAGGAGAGCAGAGCCAGCGGGCUGCCUUACGUCCUCACUGACAUCAUGACUUACUUCACCAUGCUCGUCGGCAUCUACUUCCCCUCCGUGACCGGCAUCAUGGCGGGCUCGAACCGGUCUGGGGACCUGAGGGAUGCCCAGAAGUCGAUCCCUACAGGCACCAUUCUGGCCAUUGUGACCACGUCUUUUAUUUACCUCUCCUGCAUUGUGCUUUUUGGAGCUUGCAUUGAAGGCGUGAUCUUACGAGAUAAGUUCGGGGAGGCCCUGCAGGGGAAUCUUGUCAUCGGCAUGCUGGCCUGGCCGUCCCCCUGGGUCAUCGUCAUUGGCUCCUUCUUCUCCACCUGUGGCGCCGGCCUGCAGAGCCUGACGGGGGCGCCACGCCUGCUGCAGGCCAUCGCCCGAGAUGGCAUCGUCCCCUUCCUCCAGGUGUUCGGCCACGGGAAGGCCAACGGGGAGCCCACGUGGGCCCUGCUGCUCACGGCCCUCAUCUGUGAGAUCGGCAUCCUCAUUGCCUCCCUGGACAGCGUGGCCCCCAUCCUGUCCAUGUUCUUCCUCAUGUGCUACAUGUUUGUGAACCUGGCUUGCGCUGUGCAGACCCUGCUGCGUACCCCCAACUGGCGCCCGCGCUUCAAGUACUACCACUGGACACUGUCCUUCCUGGGCAUGAGCCUGUGCCUGGCGCUGAUGUUCGUCUGCUCCUGGUAUUACGCCCUGUGUGCCAUGCUCAUUGCCAGCUGCAUCUACAAGUACAUCGAGUACCGCGGGGCCGAGAAGGAGUGGGGUGAUGGCAUCAGGGGGCUGUCUUUGAACGCGGCCCGCUACGCGCUGCUGCGCGUGGAGCAGGGUGCCCCCCACACCAAGAACUGGAGGCCCCAGGUACUGGUGAUGCUGAACCUGGACGCUGAGCAGUGCGUGAAGCACCCCCGCCUGCUGUCCUUCACCACGCAGCUCAAGGCCGGCAAGGGCCUGACCAUCGUGGGCUCCGUGCUGGAGGGGACCUACCUGGACAAGCACACGGAGGCCCAGCUGGCCGAGGAGAACAUCCGGUCCCUGAUGAGUGCUGAGAAGAGCAAAGGCUUCUGCCAGCUGGUGGUGUCCUCCAACCUGCGGGAUGGCAUGUCCCACCUGAUCCAGUCGGCCGGCCUGGGGGGCAUGAAGCACAACACGGUGCUCGUGGCCUGGCCAGAGUCCUGGAAGGAGGAGGACAACCCCUCCUCCUGGAGGAACUUUGUCGACACCGUCCGCGACACCACGGCGGCCCAGCAGGCCCUGCUGGUGGCCAAAAACGUGGACCUAUUUCCACAAAACCAGGAGCGCUUCAGCGAUGGGAACAUCGACGUGUGGUGGAUCGUGCACGACGGGGGCCUGCUCAUGCUGCUGCCCUUCCUGCUGCGGCAGCACAAGGUGUGGAGGAAGUGCCGGAUGCGCAUCUUCACGGUGGCCCAGGUGGACGACAACAGCAUCCAGAUGAAGAAGGACCUGCAGACGUUCCUGUACCACCUCAGGAUUAGCGCCGAGGUGGAGGUGGUGGAGAUGGGUGAGAGCGACAUCUCCGCGUUCACCUAUGAGAAGACGCUACUCAUGGAGCAGAGGUCGCAAAUGGUGAAGCAGAUGCAGCUCUCCAAGACCGAGCGGGAGAGGGAGGCUCAGCUCAUCCACGACCGGAACACUGCGUCCCAUUCUGUGGUAGCCGCCAGGACCCAAGCCCCACCCACGCCGGACAAGGUGCAGAUGACCUGGACAAAAGAGAAGCUGAUCGCCGAGAAGUACAAAAACAAAGACGUCGGCAUCUCCGGGUUCAAAGAUCUCUUCAGCUUGAAGCCAGAAUGGGGAAACCUGAACCAGUCAAAUGUCAGGAGGAUGCACACGGCCGUGAAGCUCAACGGGGUCGUCCUGAACAAGUCCCAGGACGCCCAGCUGGUUCUGCUGAACAUGCCCGGCCCCCCCAGAAACCGGCAAGGGGACGAGAACUAUAUGGAGUUCCUCGAGGUCCUGACCGAGGGGCUCCACAGGGUGCUUCUGGUCAGGGGCAGCGGCCGGGAGGUGGUCACCAUCUACUCCUAGCACCCGGCCGCUCCGGGAGCGUGUGGGGCGGCCUGGGGGCCGUGCCACGCGCACACUGCCCCUGGCCUGACCUGCUGGCGUGGUUUGCUACAGAAGUUUCUAGAAUACCACCGGGCUCUCCAGUCCAGGCUGAGAGCCAGUGCAUGACUGAAAAGGUUUCCUCGAGUCAGGGGGAGAUGGCAUGCCCUGUGUGCUCCGUGUGCCCUGAGGGGACCCGGGUGACCGGGACACAGCUGUCCGUCUCGUGACGGCCAUGCACUCAGCCUCGGGAUUGUAGAAUUAAGUCUCCUUGGCUGUACCUACCCAGUCUGUUGUGGCAGUCACAUGUCCGUUCUGACCCUUGGGCCACUAGGGUCCGUUUAUGAAGGUGAGAGGUCAGCCCCAGUGAGGGCUCAGUAACGGUUCCUCGGUCAGCCCCCAGCUGUCUGUUCCUUUGAAUAUCCUUGUGUGUGUGUUUCCCUAAAUAAAGGCAGAAAACCGAGCUCUGCCCACACCCUCGUCCCCAGGCUCAGCCGGUGGCCUUGGUCAGGUGCCCACCUGGUUGGGGACAUCUGGGAAGGGAACCCAGUUGAUGGGGAACACGGGGUGGGUCACCCAGCUGGGUUUGUGCUCCAGAUGGGGGCCUGCCAGCCGGCUGUGUUCUUUCCCGAGCCGCGGCCGGUCCUUCCCAGCGGCGUGGCCUUGGGGGUGUGGAACGAGAGCUCUCCCCACCUCCAGAACCACACGCACACCGCACCGUCCCACGUGACUCGCACUCGAUCCUUUGGCCUCCGUGUCCCCACUUCAUGUCCGGGGGCAGCGGGGGCGCGCAGGGCACUGAGCUGUCUGCCUGAAGCUUGUGUCUGUCCCACCGCAGGUAACGGGCAGUGACAGCCUUUUAGGGCAGGCUUUGCACUUGACCUUGUGGUCUUUGUGCUGGUGAUCGUGGACACAUGCAGUUGAGCUGCCGUAACGGUGCCCCACUUUCUGUUGGGCUGAUUUACUUGUCUAAACACCUCGGUGUGUCAGUGCUAAUAAAGUCCACGAAGACCGUCUCUGUGCACGAGGCCUGAACGGCCUUGCCCUUGGCCUUCUCUGGCCUCCAUGGGCAUUUCAGGAGUUGGCUCGGGCCACGGAUUUCCUGUGGGGCGAAGGUUAAGUGUGUGCUUCCAAACGUUUCUGAGGAGCCAGCAUCGCGGUCACAGUGACCACUGGCCAGAGCGUGUGCCAAGCAGCCGCGGCUGGGCUGGGGGUGGGGGUCGGCACGUCUUCCGGUCCUGGUUCAGCACGGAGUUGGUCGGGACCGGCUCACUGGCGGCGUGUCUGUGCCUGCCCACCGUGUCUGUGGUCUCAGCACCACGCAGCCUUUCCACACUGACCUUUGUGUAACUAACUGCAGCCAGUUAAGGUGGAUUUCAUGUUUUCCUUUUACAGGUUAUUUGUAUGAUUUUUGUUCGUAGAAGAAUAAAAUGCUUUAAAAUCUGA